AUGCCUUCAAGACAUCACGAAGGGUGGUGCCAUCUCCUGAAACUGGCACGGGUGGCUCCAGAGGCUUCCGGCACGAACUUUCUCUCCAAUUGGUUCCCAGAGCGGGAAGAGCGGGCGGACUGUGUGAUCACCAGUCGUUUGACGUCUCCCAAGUCGCCAUUCCCCUAUUCAGCGGCUGCCGAGACUGCCCACCGCUUGGGAGGGACUAUCCCUCAAUUUCCGCCUGCCGGCCCCGGGCUCAGCUGUUCAGCUCCUGAGUGCUCUGAAUGGUUCAAGAAGUUCGCAGCUGUGACGAUCAACAUACCCAGGCGCAGCUUCGAGCUCCACUACGGUCAGACAGAAGAGCCAAGACUGCCGGAAACUUCCUACCCGAUGCUGUUUGACCAACCAGACAUUACGCGUCGCCAUUCCAAGGAGACCGCUAUCUGCAUUUCCCCCGACUUGGACACAGAAGACGAAGACGAAGACGAUUGA